GAUGUUGCUGAAGAAAUGGAAACCACCGAUCAAAGCUCCAAAAAUAAGCCUGCGAUGAUUCCGUCUUUGCCCAGGGAUUCGCGAGGUUCCCUGGAAGUUUUCAAUCCGACGUCGUAUACGGCGUCGGCUGCUCCGACCAGGCCCGGAAACCCAGUUUUCCGGCCAUCUACCUGGCAGAGCUGGCCCAGCAUUCCCGCCCCGGAACCCGAACCCGAGCCCAAGCCCAGCUCCGCUAAACCGGGUAGAACAAAUGCCGGUGAGGGUAUUAGUUCAUGGAUGGCCCUCCAGGACCCGACUCCGCCGCCGUCCAAGACUAUAGCUGAGAUGUUCAACGAUCAGGACGGGCAAAAGAAGCCCGCGCCGCCACAAGGGGAAGUCGGCGCCGCCGCUAAGAGAGCGGCGGAGUGGGGACUGGUGCUGAAGACCGACGAGGAGACGGGGAAGCCACAGGGGGUGAAAGUGAGGACUUCAGACGAGGACCAGAACAAACCCGCCGGGAAGGAUUCCAGCGACUUUUCCGACGCGGAAAUCGAGCGAGGGUUCCCGAAAGUGUCGGAGGAUUUGAAGGACGCACUGUCGACAUUCCAGCAAACAUUCGUGGUCUCCGACGCGACGAAGCCGGACUACCCAAUCAUGUACGCAAGCGCAGGCUUUUUCAAGAUGACCGGCUACACUUCCAAGGAGGUCAUCGGCCGGAAUUGCCGGUUUCUGCAGGGGAAGGAGACGGAUGCGUCGGACGUGGCGAAGAUCAGGGAGGCACUGGAGAGUGGAUCCAACUACUGCGGGAGACUCCUCAACUACAAGAAGGACGGCACGCCCUUCUGGAACCUUCUCACCAUUGCGCCCAUCAAAGACGACGCCGGCAAAGUCCUCAAAUAUAUUGGAAUGCAAGUGGAAGUGAGCAAGCAUACUGAAGGAUCCAAGGAGAAAAUGACCCGACCCAAUGGGCUCCCUGAGUCUUUGAUCCGUUACGACGCUCGCCAGAAAGAGCAGGCGGCGAACUCAGUGACGGAGCUGCUGCAAGCGGUCAAGAAACCGCGGCCAAGGGCGCUCAGCGAAUCAACCAAUCGCCCCUUCCUCAGAAAAUCCGGCGACCAUGAAAUUUUUGACAGCAAAACCGGUCGAAAAUCUGAGAACUCGGCUCCUCCUCGCCGGCAUUCCCAUGCCGGCACUAGGAGCUCAAUGCAGAAGCUCCCCGAGCUCCCGGAGAAGGCUCCGUCGAAAUCGAAUCGUCGAUCCUUCAUUGGGAUUCUGAAGAAAGGGAAACGGGGGAGUACCAACCAAGAGGCAGAGCGGGAUUUCGAAUUUGACGACGAGAACAGAAAUGGGUACACUUCGGAGAGUGAUGAUGGGAGACCGGACAGCGUGGAUGAUAAAGUGAGGAAGAAGGAAAUGAGGAAGGGUAUUGAUUUGGCCACCACUCUCGAACGUAUUGAGAAAAAUUUUGUCAUUACAGAUCCAAGGUUGCCCGACAAUCCUAUUAUAUUUGCUUCUGAUAGUUUCUUGGAGUUGACAGAGUACAGCCGAGAAGAAAUCUUGGGUAGAAAUUGCAGAUUUCUUCAGGGCCCUGAGACAGAUCCUACUACUGUUAGAAAAAUAAGAAAUGCAAUUGAUAACCAAACAGAGGUCACUGUCCAGCUCAUUAACUACACAAAGCGUGGCAAAAAGUUUUGGAACUUGUUUCAUCUACAGCCUAUGCGUGAUCAAAAGGGAGAAGUGCAGUAUUUUAUUGGGGUUCAACUUGAUGGAAGUGAGCAUGUGGAGCCAAUCCAUAACUGUAUCCCUGAGGCUACGGCAAAAGAAGGUGCCAAACAGGUGAAACAAACAGCUGAAAAUAUUGACGAUGCUGUCAGAGAGCUUCCAGAUGCCAAUAUGAAACCAGAAGACUUGUGGAACAAUCAUUCAAAAGUUGUUCAUCCUAAACCCCACAGGAAGGAUAGCCCUUCAUGGAAAGCUAUUCAGCAGAUUCAAGAUAGUGGGGAAGCCAUAGGUUUGAAACAUUUUAAGCCAAUAAAACCUCUAGGUUCUGGUGACACUGGAAGUGUGCAUCUGGUGGAACUAUGUGAAACGGGGCAAUACUUUGCCAUGAAAGCAAUGGACAAGGGUGUAAUGUUGAACCGAAACAAGGUGCACAGAGCAUGUGCAGAGAGAGAAAUCCUAGACAUGUUGGACCAUCCUUUUCUUCCUGCAUUGUAUGCUUCUUUUCAGACCAACACUCAUAUCUGUUUGAUAACUGAUUACUGCCCUGGGGGAGAGCUAUUUCUUCUUCUUGAUAGACAGCCGACAAAGGUUCUGAAAGAAGAUGCUGUAAGAUUCUAUGCUACUCAAGUCAUAGUGGCACUGGAGUAUCUUCAUUGCCAAGGUAUUAUCUACAGGGAUUUGAAGCCAGAAAACAUUUUGCUUCAGAAUAAUGGCCAUGUUGCUUUGACAGACUUUGAUUUGUCCUGUUUGACCUCUUGUAAGCCACAGCUUUUGAUUCCAGAGAUUAAUGAAAAGAGAAGGCAUCUGAAAAACCAAAAAGGUCAGCAGGCCCCAAUUUUUAUGGCAGAGCCAAUGCGAGCAUCAAAUUCCUUUGUUGGCACUGAAGAAUACAUAGCCCCGGAAAUUGUUACUGGAGCAGGCCAUACGAGUGCAGUCGAUUGGUGGGCUCUAGGAAUUCUCUUGUAUGAAAUGAUUUAUGGAUAUACACCAUUCAGGGGAAAGACUAGGCAAAAAACAUUUGCCAACAUUCUACACAAGGACCUUAAGUUUCCAAAAAGCAGAGAGGUUAGCCUUCAAGCGAAGCAGUUAAUUUAUCGAUUGCUGCACAGAGAUCCCAAAAACAGACUUGGAUCACGAGAAGGAGCCAAUGAAGUCAAGCAACAUCCAUUCUUCCGGGGCAUAAAUUGGGCUCUUGUUCGUUGCAUGGAACCACCCUCGCUUGACACUCCCAUUUUUGAAGACAAAGAAAACGACAUAGAUCCUGGUCUCGAUGAUUUGCAAAAGAAUGUAUUUUGAAAGAUGUCGAUUAUCCAAGUGCAAAGGGUGGCUUGUCGAGACAACAUUGAGCUGCGGAGCUGUCUAAUCUAGACAAUCACCCCGGAGGAGUGUUGUUCUUUAGAGUGGAUGUUUUCAGUGCAUUUCCAUUCGUUUGAAUUCCUGCAAGUCUUUGUGUGUGGUUGUUUCAAACAUUCUGCAUAUCUAUCCAUUUAUUUUGUUCUUUAUGGUACCAUGAACAUGUUGCAGGCUUUGCCUUUGAACAUUCAAAUUGUUGUGUAACAUUUGUUUUGAGUGUACUGUUCAAAUCUUUCGAUAAGAGAGUGAGAAUACAUUGUACCGUUAACCUUCCAAAAAUAAGUGCAGAAUAAGAAGUGGCAAUGGAUAGUCUGAAUUAGUGUUUAU